AACAAACUUCAUUUUCAGUGUUCAAAGAGCUGUGGCUCACAGAAUAUCAAAGUGAUUGCUUAAUUACUUGUUGUCUCCUUCUUUUUUAUUGGUUUCUUACUGCCACUCCCUUCUCUCUAUCUCUUUCUCUCUCUUAUCUUCACAACAUAUACUAAGCUCAAGAACUGCCACUGGGCUUGAUAACUACCACUUUCAUGAGCUAUCCAAUUAUUAGAAAAAAUCUUAAUCACCCAAUAUUUCUUACAUCUAACAUUUAUUUUGAAAUAAUUUUCUCUUUCUCUAUCUGCCACAUGUUUAUUUUUCUCUGUUAUCUCACCAAUCAUCACACCCUAAAUAUGCUUAGCUAACUCCAUGCAAAAGCAUAGAAACUGUCUACAAUUUAUACACUGUAUUUACUUCCUAAGCUCAUUUAUAUGCUUAUAAUGUCAUAAUCUCAAAGAAAAAAAGUAGCAAUUUUUUUAGCAAAAAGUUUGAUUCUUGAAGAUGGAUUUGAGGAGAAUUCCAUGGGGAGGUUUUGUACUGUCCUGGGUUUUCUGCAUACUGUGCUUCAAAGCUGUGUGUGAUGUACCAGUGUUUUCUGUGAAGUUCUUGCAGGGUCCUCCUGAGUUAUCAAAUCUUAAAUCAGCUACAUUUGUUUUUGAAGCUUCACUAACAAGUACAAGACAAACAUGUUCUAAUUGUAGCUUCAGUUGCAAGUUAGAUGAUGCCAUUUCCUCAGAUUGUGGGGGGAGGAAUGUUUCAUAUGUGGGCUUGAAAGAUGGAUAUCAUAGCUUGCAGGUCUGUGCUAACGCACUGCAAGGAGUUGGCUGUGCUACCUAUAACUGGACCACUGAUACAGUUCAUCCUACAGCAUACAUUUCAGCUUCGUCAUCUUUCACAAAUGCUCCCAACGUUACUGUAUAUAUAUCAUUCAGUGAACCUUGUAAUGGUGAAGGUGGCUUCAGAUGCUCUUCCGUCGACGCCUGCAACCUUCUUGUGUAUGGUUCUGGGCAAGUUAUACCAAAUACACUUCGAACUAUCAAGCCAAACCUUACAUACUCAAUUGUUGUCAGCUUAUCUACUAAUGUUCAAUAUGGAAGAACAAUACUUGUUAUGGAUAAAGGUUUCUGCACAGACAAUGCUGGAAAUCGUUUUAUCCGACCAAAAAAUUCAAGUUUCAUAAUACAUGUUGAUAGAAGACGUGUUAUGGUGAGCCUGAGAACCCAUGUUCCUGAAAGGUUACUUGAGAUUGGUGGUGCCACUAGAACUGUGCAGGCAACUAAUAGUUUCAAGAAUCUCAAGGUCUAUCUUUAUUUCACAGAGCCUGUUUUAAACACAUCAGCAGAAAUUUUGAGUUCUAUCAAUAUGACAGAGGGAAUGCUUCGCCCUAUCAAUGGAAGUAGCCUUGCUAACAGGAGAUUCGGAUAUCUGAUUGAAAAUAUACCAAACGUUUCCAUUAUCUCAGUGACCCUUAAUUCAAGUCUUGUCAUCACUAGACAGGGCUCCCCUGUUUCUCCAGUCGCUCCUGCAAUAUUUCUUUAUGAUUCUAAGAGGCCGGCUGUGAGGUUAAGCACAACCUCUAAAAUGAGAACAAAAGACAGUGAUAUUACGGUGUCAAUUAAGUUCCUGAAGCCAGUCUUCGGCUUCAAUUCUAGCCAAAUCUCUGUUUCUGGGGGUCACCUAGAGAGCUUUGAAGAACUGACGAGAUAUUUGUAUGUUGCAUUCAUACAAGCCUACGACGGUAUCGUGUCUAUCAGCAUUCCUGAAAAUAUGACUGCAGAUGUCGCAGGGAAUCCAAAUUUGGCUUCUAAUGUCUUACGAGUGAGGCACUAUUCUUUGCCUAUGAUAUCAACCGUUCUUGGCAUCUUUGUCACAGCAUUGUUCGUAGCAACAUGUUUGAUGGCUGGUCUACUCACUAUAUCCACGGCAAGCCUACAAUCUGCUGGGGCAUUUCCUAGAUCAUCAUCUUCAUUGACUUCUGACCCAACAAAGAAUCUCUUUAGAAUUGCGUGCUACAUUCAAGUUUUUGCUUUUUCUAGGUGGCUGUCAGUCACUCUCCCCGUUGAAUAUUACGAAUUCACUCGAGGCAUAGAGUGGAGUGUUCCCUACCUCUGUCUUCCCUGGGAAAGUGACCAUUCUCACCCCAUGCUUUUUAGUUCAAACUCCUCCAUAAGUUCACAUUUCUUUAGAAACGGGCUCAGUAGCAUUGCCCAAACAGUACAACUUGAGAAAGGCAGCUCGAAUAAAGCUGGAGUAGUUUAUGGGACUCCAUUGACUGCAAUGGAGUACCAAUCUUUCUUUGUGAGCCAAAAUAUUAUUCCAGAAGCUGAAUUCAUAACAAGCUCCGAAAGUCCAACCAGAUGGAUGGAUUUCGAGAGGAGCAUGUUCUGGUUAGCUGUAAUCGGUGGCAGCUUGAUUGUGGUCCAUCUUUUUCUUCUCUUGGUACUGAAGUUCAGGAGGAAUAAUUUGAAAGUGAAAUUUUAUGGUGCUUUGGUUUUCCCCCGGUUUGAGUUAUUCCUCAUGAUGCUUGCUGUACCUUGCUUUUGUUAUGCUUCAGCUGUUGUAAUCAAAGGGAAAACAACUUCGGGGACUGUAGUUGGUGUUCUACUAUUGAUUUUCGCAUCAUCUCUGCAAUUAGCCUUGUUCAUGUUCCUCUCCUAUGGUAUCACAUUGGGAUGGUUACUACAGUACAAGGAAGUUCAUCAAGUAGGCCGGAAAUUCCAUUGGUAUCAAGAAUUAAUCCGAGUUACCCUAGGUCCGGGUAAACGAGGCCAGUGGACAUGGAGAAAGCAAGCAAACUCCAUGUACUUGGCCAUGUAUGGUCCUUUGUUCGAAGAUCUCCGAGGCCCACCAAAGUACAUGCUCUCAAUGAUCACCGGUGGGACCCACAUGCCUGUUGACCGAAUCAUUGCCUCUGAAGACGAGACUGAAGACGCCGAGGCACCUUUUAUUCAAAAAAUAUUUGGCAUCCUAAGGAUAUACUACACCUUACUCGAAUCCAUAAGGCGGUUCUUACUUGGUCUUUUAGCCGGUUUAUACUCAAAAAACUCAUCUUCUAAAUCCCCUGUUACAAUCUUGUUAUGCAUUACUUCUUUCCAGCUUUUCUUCCUAGUUCUUAAGAAGCCUUUCAUCAAGAAAAAGGUGCAGCUAGUUGAGAUCAUAUCUAUUGCUUGUGAAGUGGGCAUGUUUGCAGCUUGCUUGGCUAUCCUAGAUCGCGACUUCUCCACUAAAGCCGAGAGAGGAAUUGGUAUAUUCAUGCUUUCUCUCUUUUUACUCGGGUUUCUUGCAUUAAUGAUCAACGAGUGGUAUGCAUUGUACAAACAAAUACGAAAACUUGACACUUUAAAGAAAUCAUUCCUUGUGGGCUUAAGAACAGCUCUAGUAGGGUUCUUUCUGCUCUUUGUUCCUGAGAAGAUAAUGAAAAAUCUUGAGAAGUGGCUGCCAGACGAUACAGUGGAGCUAGAUAACAAAGAAAUCAGUAGACUGAAUUCAAUUGGAGGUGGAAGUCACAGGAGCUCUAGGAGUAGGAGCUCGAGCACAACUGAUAAGCCGUGGUUGAAACAGCUAAGAGAAAUGGCUAAGGCUAGCUUUAAAGAAGGGAGUUCAACUACUGCAAAUGAUCCUUCAAGUAGUAGUAAUCCUAGAUGGAGUGAGUUUUGGCGUGGGAAAUUGAGUGGGAGUUCAUCAUCAAAGACUACAUCUAGUGAGUUCAAGCCCAGGCCGAAGAAUUUGUUUAAAGAUAUGGAAGCCAUUUUUGCAAACAAGUAAAUUUUCAAUGUAUAUUCUUGCAUUAUAAUGAAAUUCUAAUAUUUCAGUGGAUGUUUAUGAAGGUUGGGCAACAUAGUUUAUGUAGAUGGUCCAUCAGUUUUGCUCACCUGAGGCAAUUUUUAGUAUAUGGAGAUGAAAUAGCACGAUUCAAUUAGUGAUGUUUUUAUCCAAAUUCAAGAAAGCUAUAUUUUAUAUAUUGUCUCCUUCAAUGGAUUUCACAACA